UCGAAAUACUGAAGAAACUAGUUCCUGAAGAAAGAGAAAAUCCAGGGAGAAGGACAAAGGAAAGGGUAAAGCCUUUGGGAUGUUAUAGCGAAGAUUUGCAUUAUUUUCCCUUCCCUUUCCCCCAGUGGAAGGUCAGGUUGGAAGAUUUGGUGGUUUUACUCUUCCUGAAAACAUGUGAGGCCCCUUCAACUCUUAACAAUUUGGAUUUGAGUGUUUUAACUGACUUGGGAAAGCUGCUGCGUUGGAUGUGUGUGCGUGUGGGGUGACCAUGAUGUUCCGAGACCAAGUUGGCAUCCUAACUGGUUGGUUCAAAGGCUGGAAUGAGUGUGAACAAACAGUGGCUCUCCUGUCUCUUCUGAAACGUGUCAGUCGGACUCAGGCCCGUUUUCUGCAGAUCUGCCUCGAACACUCGCUGGCCGAAUGUACUGAAAUCCAUAUCCUUGAGAAUGAGGCAAACAGUGCUGCAAUUGUUAGCCAAUGGAACCAGGAGCCCAAGGAGAAGGUGGUCUCUUUACUUUUAUCUCACCUCCCGCUUCUUCAGCCACGCAACUCAGAUGCCAAAUGCGAGUAUAUGAAGCUGCUACAAAAGGUGCUCAGCUAUACAAUCGAAAGCAACCUGUUUGUGGAGGAGAGUCGGCAGCUGCUCUCUUAUGCCCUCAUCCACCCUGCGACUACUCUAGAAGACCGCACCUCUUUAGCCAUGUGGCUUAACCACCUGGAAGAGCACCUGUCCAGCAAUUACUCGGGACGUGCCUCCUCCUCUGCCUACCACUCUCGCCAAGCCUCUGAUGAGUGGACUAAUCAAUCUGACCUCAUGGACCCAGGCCAUGGAUGGCAGGAAAAGUCUGGUACCACGGGACAGAAUGGCCACUUGCCCUUUCAUGUGUCAUCCUCAGUGCCGUCAGCAAUGAACAGCAUUGGAAGCAAUACGAAUACUGUUCUACCAAGCCAAAUCCAUCCUAGCCCUCUGAAACGGUCCAUGUCCCUGAUCCCCACCAGCCCACAGGUUUCUAGCACUGAGUGGAUCAGCCAGGAGGACCUAGGCAUCCGAACGCCGUACAUUUCUUCAGAUCACGCUCCUCUGUCACCGCAGAGCAGUGUGGCUUCUUCAGGCAGUGAGCAGACUGAAGAACAAGGAGCCAGCCGAAACACCUUUCAGGAAGAGGGCAGUGGUAUGAAAGAUGUCCCGACAUGGCUAAAAAGUCUUCGGCUUCAUAAAUAUGCAGCUCUGUUCUCCCAGAUGACAUACGAGGAAAUGAUGACACUCACGGAGCAACACCUUGAGUCACAGGUUUGCAGGAAUGUCACAAAAGGAGCUCGGCAUAAAAUAGCCUUAAGUAUCCAGAAACUGAGAGAGCGACAGAGCGUCUUAAAGUCUUUAGAAAAGGAUAUUCUUGAAGGGGGUAAUCUUCGAAAUGCACUUCAGGAACUGCAACAGAUAAUAAUUACACCUAUUAAGGUAUAUAGUCCACCACAGACGUCUCAGAAAGAGAGUGACACCACAUCACAGCCUUCAGACAAAUCUGGAAAACCAGCAGAUGAAAAGGAUUCUACAGCCGAGGUGUUUUCGCCCCCAAACUCCUCUCCUUGUGAUGGUGAGCCCUCUGCAAUGCCAAUACCAGAAGGAGAUAUAACGGGGCAGUUUACAAGGGUGAUGGGCAAAGUGUGCACGCAACUCUUAGUAUCAAGACCAGAUGAAGAGAACAUCAGCUGUUACUUGCAGCUCAUAGAAAAGUGUCUAGCACAUGAGGCUUUUACUGAAACUCAGAAGAAAAGGUUGCUGUCUUGGAAGCAGCAAGUCUUGAAACUACUAAGAAUGUUUCCUCGGAAAGCCAUGCUUGACAUGCCAAGUUACCGACAAAAAGGGUGGACAUAUGGGUCAAAUUCUCUUCCUACAGCAGGCUCUGUGGGAGGUGGGUUAGGACGCCGAGGACAGCGACAGUUUCAAAUGCCUUCCCGUGGGCUGCCACCCAAUCGUAUGGCCCUCAUGAGUCCUUCUGGCAUUGGGGGUGCUUCACCUAGGCACACAUUAACUAGUCCUGCUCUUGGAGGGCAGGGCAGGCAGAAUUUGUGGUUUGCCAACCCAGGUGGGAGCAACAGCAUGCCAAGUCAGAGCCGCAGCUCGGUCCAGAGAACACACUCUCUACCCGUCCAUACGUCCCCCCAAGCCAUGCUCAUGUUCCAGCAGCCAGAAUGCCAGGUUCCGGGAACAGAUUUGGAAAUUAAUCCCACGCUGGAGUCACUGUGCCUCAGCAUGACAGAGCAUGCAUUAGGAGAUGGAAUGGAUCGGACGUCAACGAUCUAAAAAAACAAGAUGCCCAGAGAAGAAAAUGAGCUACACUUUAUAUAAAAAUAAACACUUUUGAGUCCUGCACGGCUUCCCAACACAGGAGCUUGAGGACAUUCACCCUUCAGAGUACGGAAAAUGGUCACUACAGAAAAGAAAAAAAAACUGUGUAUAUGUUCUCUGAUAUUUUUCUACUUUAUUAUACUUAAUAACUAAGGUUUAUUAUAAAAAUACAGAUUACUACAAUUUAAGAGCAAACUGCGGCAGAGAGAGUGAGUUUGAAUACUCUGAUUUAACAUGAUUAGUAAUUCAUUAUAUACAUUAUUGUCUCCUAUGAAAUGAGGUAAUUAUAUAAAAAAAAAUAUAUAUAUAUAUAUAUAUCCACAGCUGUGCCCCAAGGUUCCUGGCAGUGUUAGUACAUUGUGCUGGUCAUAAACUGUGAGGUAUGGAAAACAAGGCCAUACUUGUUAAGAGAGCAAGUGCCAUUUAAAUAUGGUGAAAUAUCUUACGUGUUUAUGGUGCUUUUAAAAGUUGAUAACCCUGAGUAUUCUAUUUAUUUUUCUCCUCACCUCAGAUUGUGUGCUUCCCCAUUUGUGCAUUACAAAAAAAUAUCAGAGGCCAAACAGGCCGACUCAUGUCUGCAUUUUGGUUGCAUUUAAUUUUCAGCCCAUCUUUCCUAAUGUCUAUCUUUGUACUGAUGUGUCCCUUGUUCCUUAGUAGGAUGUGGCUUCUUGACGUCAAACAAGUUCUCAUUUCUUUUGUUACACAGUAGAGUUUAAAGUCAGGUAUUUCAUGCCCUUUAAAACCUACCUUCUGACAAACACAAUUCACCAUACAUCAGUUUUCCUCUUUGCGAUUUUGGUUAUUGGGUAUAAAUACAUCUCAGUCUUUAAAUCUAUAAAAUAAAAGAUCAAAACUUUAUGCAGAAACAAAUUCUGUUAGCUUGCUGGUGACCCACUGCAUGUUGAUUGACUUUUGAAUUGAAUCUUCUUCUUGCAAUUGUAGGAUGCAUCAAGCCACUGGGGUAAGGAGUACACUUGAAGUGGUGUUAGUUGGGCAUCUUUGUUUAGUGCAUGUUUUUAAAGAGCAGUACUUGAUAUGACAGUUGUCUGGUCAAAUUCUGAGGUCAGUGUUAGUUAUUUUAUGGCAAGUUGUACUUGUUUGGUAGCAAGAAACCAACGGUUACUUAAACAUUAACCCUUACACAGAUGAUUAGUUUAGUUGGCAUGCUUUCAUCAUUAUGAAUUUUAAAUUAUUUUAAUGGUAUAGAAAUUAAAUCUUUUUCCAAAUUAAUUUUUGUUUUGUGUUUUUGAACAGUUUAAUUAAAUUUCUGUUCAAUAUCUACAUAGAUGAUUGUUUCUGUCUAGACACAAUUUCACUUUUGUUGAGACCAGUAAAUAACUACCUGUUCAGUUCACAGAUUUCUCCUUAGCCAGUGUAUUUUGCUUUAUAUAAAGAAGCACAAGGAGAACACCCUGUCACCUCAUUUUCCAUAUCAUUUUUUUCUAUGGGUUCACUCUGAGCUUUUUUGCUACACUUGAAACUGGGAGGUCUGAUUCCUGUACUACUUCAGCCAGCUGUUGAGUGCAUUUGUCUGAAAUGUUGAAGUUAAUAGCUGAGUUUUAACAAGAAGCCCAUCAUUUAGCCUACACCCAGUUAAAAAGAAGCAUUGUUUGUCACAUAAAUCUGCAGUUCCUAUUCAGUCCCACUGCCCGCCUCACAUGAUACAGUAUAAAUUAGAAUGUGUCAGUCCUAUAGAAACUACACCUCAGAAGCAUUUUAAGGGAAAUCAAGGGUUUAUGUGUGCAAAACAAAGCAUCUUUCCAGAUCUGUGACUUCCCCACAAUAACGCUUAAAGCUUGUGCCUACCUCUGUUCAACUGGAUGCUAGAGACUGACUCAUCAGGGUUUGUUUUUGUUUUCCUCUUCCUUUAAGAUGGUCAAAGUGAGGUCCACAGGUGUUGUGUGUUGAGGUGAUGCUGUGCAAAGAGAUGGCUUGGAUUCUUUGGACUGCAGUAGUGAUGUUGAAUGCUCAGGUUUACCCAUUUAAUAGAGAGGAGUGGGCCAAUGGAGUGGUCACUUGUGGGCAGAAGAAUUUGUGUAAUGACUGAGUAGAAUCUUAUACUGAAGUGUACCUCUGUUUUAUUUCUGCAUUUCUUUCCAUAACAUAUGCAACAAAUAAUGAAAUCAGACAUUAGUGUCCAAUGCAAAAGCCUCUAAAUGCUUCAAUUUAGAUAUCUUUGUCUGUUGCUGCAUUUUUAUUACGCUCGGUAAUUUCAGAAAUCUGCUGCUUUUACUUUUGGCCAUUGUUCAGGAGGAAAGGUAGCCAUGAUGUGCAAAUAAAAACUUCAUAAAUGUGAAGUUGCAUGAAAUUAUUAUGCAUGUCUUGUUUUAAAAGCUGCAUUUAAGCAGAUUCUUAUCAGUGAAGGGGGAAAUGUUGUUAUCCAUUUCAAAGUUCCAGAAAUCAGUUGAGAUGUCAGGUUGUGUAAGGUGAAUAGGAAUGUAGUUUUAGAGAGACAGCAGCAAGUUGAUUUGAGGGAAUCACCUUGUGGACACACACACCUACUGUUUUUGCAAGUGUCAUUUGUGGGCUUUGUUUCUUGUUCAGUCUGUUUUUCCUGUACCAUCUAAUCCCACCUUUGUUUUGUGUAGUGACAAAUAAAAAAAAAAAAAAUAUUUUGCUUCAGUAAUU